CAAUUGUCAUAUAAGUACAAACUAAAAAAUAUAAAAAUGGAUAAAUGAGUUAGACCAAAGUAGAUACAUAAAACGAACGUAACUCGGGAUUAUAUGAAAAUUUGGACAUGUUCGUACAGUAUAAUAUACAAAUAUACUGUUUACCUUCUACUAUGGAUUCUGCACACACGCGGAAUUGACGAAUACUUUUUUGUGUAACGCAGUCAAUGGACAGUGAAAAACAAAAAGAUGAACUAACUGCUUUAGAAAGUAUCUACAAUGAAGAAGAAUUUUCAUAUUGUAUAAAAGUUGAUCAAUAUGAAAUUAUCAUUAAAAUAUUUAUUAACCUUCAUGAAAAAUAUUUUUUCACAUAUACAGACAAUCAAUUGAAUAAUGAACCUCGAAAAAAAAUUAAUAUUUCAUAUUUACCACCAUUAACGUUAUUAAUUUUAUUACCAGUAAACUAUCCAUCAACUUCACCACCAAAUUUUACUCUUAGAUGUUCUUGGUUAAAUGUAUUUUCAAUUUCUAAGCUUUGCAAAGAAUUAGAUGAAUUAUGGAAAAAUAAUACAGGUCAAGAGAUUUUGUUUACAUGGAUUUCUUUUCUACAAUCUGAAACUCUUAAAUUUUUAAAAAUACAAGAGUGUAUUAAUAUUGAUAAUAUUUAUAAGUUAUACGAAAUGACCUUAACGAAAACAAAACUACCACAAGGAUUAGUUGAUUUUCAAAAUUCAAUAACUGAUGAUAAAAAAUUUAAGGAAAGUAAAUUUAAAGAUGGAAGUAUUUAUGUGAGGGAAAAAAUAAAAAUAAAAAAUAAAGUACAUGAUCAAAGGGCUGUGCAUGAUAUUUUUAUAGGCAUAAAUCCAGUUCAAAUGUUAAUUGAUUAUAAUGAGAUGCAAAAACAGAUCGAAUUUAAAAAAAAUUUAUAUUCAUGUAAAAUAUGCUUCACUGAUAAAUCAGGAGAAUAUUGUACACAAUUUUUACCCUGCACUCACGUUUUUUGUAAAGAAUGUAUAACUGGUUAUUUUGAAGUAAGAAUUAAAGAAGGUACUGUGCAAAAUAUUCUUUGUCCUAAAGAAAAUUGUAAAUCUGAAGUUAGUCCUGGUCAAAUUAAAGAUUUAGUGUCAACUGAAUUAUUUUCAAAAUAUGAUUCUAUAUUAUUAAAUAUUACAUUGGAUACAAUGACAGAUAUUAUUUAUUGUCCACGUAAAAGUUGUCAAUAUCCAGUGAGUCAAGAACCAAAUGAAAUAAUGGCGAAUUGUCCUAUUUGCCAAUAUGUUUUUUGCAUUUUUUGUAAAGCUGUAUAUCAUGGUAUUGCACCAUGUAAAAUUACAAUUGAAAAACAAAAUCUUGCUAAAGAGUAUCAAGAAGCUUCAAAUGAAAAGAAAUCUGAAUUAGAACAACGUUAUGGUAAAAAGCAAUUACAAAUGCUUGUUGAAAAUAGUAUGACUGAAAAUUGGAUUCAUACAAAUAGUCAAAAGUGUCCCCAUUGUAAUACAGCAAUAGAGAAGUCUGAUGGAUGUAAUAAAAUGACAUGUUGGAAAUGCAAUACAUUCUUUUGUUGGAUAUGUAAUGUACAAUUAAAUCGUGGAGACCCAUAUAUUCAUUAUCGUGAUCCACAUUCCAAGUGCUUUAAUAUGUUAUAUCAUGGUUUAAUAAUUAAUGAAAAUGAUGAAGAGGAGUUUGAAAAUGACGAGUAUUAUUUUGAUGAUGAAGAUAAUGGUAAUGGAGAUGAAGAUAUGAUUUUUGUUCUUGAUUAUUAGUUAUGUUUUUUUUUUAAUUCAAUUCAAUUAAUGAU